AUGCCCGAGUACGUCGGGCUCAACAGCUCGAAUCUCUUUGAAUUCGAAGAACGACUUCUACGAGACCACAUUCUGGCAGACAACAGCUCCGGCUCCGGCAUCGAAUACGACGAAUAUGUGGUUUACAAAUGGAGCAGUGGCGCCACCACACCAAGCCAUGGUAAUUUGGCCGAGCAUCGACCACAAGGUACCAUCUCGCAUCGAUUUAACCAGGCGGAUAUUCCCGGCUUCGAGAUGCUCAAUCUUGCCUUUCGACAAGACUACCUAUUGGAUCAAGAUGGUGCAUUCGCUACCUCUGACCAGCUCGAUUCAAGCAUGACAGUCUACGGCCGUGUGAGACGGGUCGUGUGCUUUCGCCGAGGCCAUUCUUUCGACCGUGUGGGUGGCCUCAGCAUCACACCAGACGACCUAACUGCUAUGAAUUUGCAUCCUGCGACACUUCAGUAUUCGCGUCGAACGACGACUGAGGGUCGCUUCUGGUCCGUCGACAAGUCAAGAUUGAGCCUAUUAUUGGCCUUCUCGUCGCAUCCUCGAACUCCUUAUGACUUUCUUUCGAUGACAUACGAUCUCAAGUCACGAACAUCGACCGUUCUCAUACGUCAGUCGCACAAUCCUCGGAGAGAUGACUUUCAAGAGCUCGAUGAAUACGACAAUCGCCUGGAGGCAUGUAGGGCGCAAUGGGCGCAUCCCUUUGUCACGCCUGUUGUGCUCCUCCAAGUGCAGUUCGGGCGCACGGAGGAGGCCAUCAUGGAGAACUUGCUCCAUGUCAAAAUCCUCGAGCAGGAUGUUCACAGCAUAUCUGGGUUCGAAGACCCAGGCCUAGAUGACGAGAAGAGGCUGCGCUGGGCUCGAUACUCGAGUCGAGGGGGCUCAGAAGAUUUCAUGCCAGGACCGAUGCACAUGGCCGAUCUCAUGGAGCGGGCGCAUGACGUGCAGAAAGAAUCAAUGAAGCUGUUGGACACGGUCAAGUGGAUGGAGCGAGCUGUCGAGCUUUUGCUCCAGACGGGCGACGAACUGGCAGAAGAGAUGAAUGUUGUGGAGGUCGAGACCCAAGUGUUAGAUGAGUUCGGCGCUCCGACUCCGCUCGAGAUAGGUGACCAAGCAGUGCUCCAAAAGCCGAGAGUGUCGAGAGAGUCUUUGCGAGAUGACUGGCACGAAAUUGAGCAGUAUCUCGAGGGCCUAUUGAGGAUGUGCAUCGCGCUCGAGACCGAUCGUGGCAUGGCCGAGGCUAGAUGCCGUGCUCAGAUUGACAUAAUUUACAGCAAAAUGGCCCAAGAGGACAACAUGCUCAACGCCCGCAUGGCCGUGUCAGCGACGCGCGAUAGUUCUUCCAUGACGGCGCUAGCUGUCAUCACUGCCAUUUUCCUCCCAGGCGAGUAUGUCAGCGGUCUUUUCGGCAUGUCCAUGUUUGACUGGCAGGCUUCAGGUGAAGAUGCCUCAGGUCGGACCGAUGAAAGCGGAGGCGCUCCUGCGGCAGCUCGAGAUCCUCUUCCCGUCCUAAGCCGCCUAUUCUGGGUCUACUGGGUGACGGCGGUACCCUUGACGCUCUGUGUCCUCACCAUGUGGCGUAUAUGGUGGGUGAGAGCAGACCGCUCUUUCCGCAGGCGUCUCUCGCGCGAGCUGAGCGAGAGGCGAAUUUGGACCAAGGACGGCAGGCCGCGUGACCUGGAGCACUCCUUCUGGUACGACUUCUUCUUCCUGACGGCGAUGGGACACGCGAGCGCUGAACCUCUGCCACUGGCACCAACACCACCCCUUUCGUCGCCGGCGGAGAAUACAAAGGUGCCUUUGAGGGGGUCAUCGGUUUCAUUUGUCGUGAAGGUCUCCGUCGGCUGGCAAGCCCUCUUCAGGUGGGAUCGCAGUGCUUCAAGGAGCCUCUCGAGCAUUUGCUCUCUCACCAACUUGACGGCGCUGCAGGGGAACAGACAGCCAUAUAUUCCGAAAUUCUUCAUUAUCCGGGCAAAUAUGAACGACGUUGACAUGGAAGUGAGUCAGGCUGAUCCUGUUGUCGCCUACGAAGACAUGGUACAGAGGUUGGAGAGAGCAGAGAAGCAAAUCGAUCUCCAGCGCUUGCAGAUUGCCGUCUUGGAGGCACAGCAGGCCCCCAUUGCCCCCGAGGUUCCUGCCACGGUCCUUCACGAACUCUUCAGCAAGCUCACGUACGAGAUUAAUAUCCUGGCUCUUCUCUUGACUGGUCCUGUCGCCGUCGAUACGACCCAUCCACGCAUGGCGAAUGGACUUGGAAUGCUCGGUGAGCAAUGGAAGGAGUGGAUCAUCGACGAGGCCACUCGCUGCUCCGUAUUCGAGGCCUUUGUCUGGUACGAGGUUGCUCAGUACUUUGGCAGCCAGCAUCGCGAUAUCUGGGCCGGCAAGAUGGGCGGUGCCUUCAAGGACGUUUGCAAGCAGCUCCGCACCACCUUUCUCAAAGACGCCGACAUGCGAACCCUCCAACACUUUGCCCUCUGGCGCGCCCAGGGCGCUCACAUGAUCACCCAGGCCCUCGGCAACGACGCAGCCACCGCCACAACCAGCAUCGACUGGGACAACCUGACCACCGUGGCAAGCGAGCUCUUCGCCGUGCUGAAGACGUACCUGCCCGUCCAAGACGCCGCCAACCCCGACGCCUCCGUCUGCCACGCCGCGACGCUGCACUACCGCCUCCUGAACGUCUUCACCCUGGCCGUGCGCAUCGACGACGUCCUCCUCGGCAGCAAGAAUCCCAUGUUCCUCGUCUACGGCCGCCCCAAGCGCUUCGACGCCACCACCAUGUGGCCGUCUGUCGAGAAUGCCGAGGUCGCCGACGAGACGCCCGUCAAGUUCCAGAUCAGCCCGAGCAUCAAGAUGAAGGUGCAGCCCGAGGGGGGCGGCGGGGCCGUUGCCAGUGUGUUCAUCACCAAGGCCAAGGUCUGCAUCUAG